AUGCAGUGGGUGAAGGUGCUGGGUGGUGUUCUGGGAGGUGCUGCCCUCCUGGGGCUGGGCAUCAUUCUGGGCCACUUUGCCAUCCCCAAGAAGCCCACCACGGCUAGCUCCAAGGAGGCCCAGGACCUGGACCUGAAGCUCCUGGAGUCUGUCCUGGGCCAGUUGGAUGCCAACAGGAUCCGGGACAACCUCAGGGAGCUCGCCCGGGCCCCUCACCUGGCCACCAGCCCCCGGGACGAGGAGCUGGUGCAGCUGCUGCUACAGCGUUGGGAGGACCCCAAGUCGGGCCUGGACGUGGCCGUGGCCCCCCAGUACCAGGUGCUGCUCUCCUUCCCCGACACCCAGCCAAACAGCGUGUCCGUAGUGUCGCCCUCGGGAGAAAUCCUGUUCUCCUGCCGCCAGAGCGAGGAGAACCUGACCGGAGAGCAGGGGGGCUCUGAAGUGGUACGUCCCUAUGCAGCAUACGCUCCACCCGGCACCCCCCAGGGCCUCCUCAUCUAUGCCAACCGCGGCUCAGAAGACGACUUUAAGGAACUCCAGGCCCAAGGCAUCAACCUCACCAACACCAUCGCCCUGACCCGUUAUGGGGGUGUGGGGCGUGGGGCCAAGGCCAUCAACGCCGCCAAAUUUGGGGUGUCUGCAGUGCUGGUGUACACGGACCCGGCUGACAUCAAUGAUGGGAAGAGCCUGCCCAACGAGACUUUCCCACAUUCCUGGGGCUUGCCACCCUCAGGGGUGGAGCGAGGCUCUUACUAUGAGCGUUUUGGGGACCCCCUGACACCCUAUCUUCCAGCCAGCCCCUCCUCCUUCCGCCUGGAGCCGUCUACUGUCUCUGGAUUCCCCCCCAUCCCCACCCAGCCCAUUGGCUUCGGGGACGCACAGGAACUUCUGUGCAACCUACAGGGGUCCGUGGCUCCAGCAGCCUGGCAGGGAGCACUGGGCUGUGAGUACAAGCUGGGACCUGGCUUCCAGCCUGGUGGGAACUUCAAAGACAGCCAGGUGAAUGUCAGUGUCCACAACCGCCUGGAGCUGAAGAACUCCUCCAACGUCCUGGGGAUCAUCCGUGGGGCCGUGGAGCCCGACCGCUACGUGCUGUAUGGAAACCACCGCGACAGUUGGGUACAUGGGGCUGUGGACCCCAGCAGUGGCACCGCUGUCCUCCUGGAGAUCUCCCGCGUCCUGGGGACUCUGCUGAAGAAAGGCACCUGGCGUCCUCGCAGAUCCAUCGUGUUUGCGAGCUGGGGGGCAGAGGAGUUCGGGCUCAUUGGCUCCACCGAGUUCACGGAGGAGUUCUUCAGCACGCUGCAGGAGCGCGCCGUGGCCUACAUCAACGUGGACAUCUCGGUGUUCGCCAACGCCACCCUGCGGGUGCAGGGGACGCCCCCGGUCCAGAGCGUGGUCUUCUCGGCUGCCAAGCAGAUCACCGCACCAGGCCCCAACAAACUCAGCGUCUACGACAACUGGAUUCGAUAUUUCAAUCGUACCAGCCCGGUGUACGGCUCUAUUCCCAGCCUGGGCACUCUGGGCGCUGGCAGCGACUACGCGCCUUUCCUUCACUUCCUGGGCAUCACCUCCAUGGACAUCGCCUACACCUAUGACCGGAGCAAGACCUCAGCCCGGAUCUACCCCACUUACCACACAGCCUUUGACACCUUUGGUUACGUGGACAAGUUUGUGGAUCCUGGCUUCAGUAGCCACCAGGCUGUAGCCCGGAUGGCGGGGAGCGUGCUCCUUCGGCUCAGUGACAGCCUCUUCCUGCCUCUCAGUGUUGUUGACUACAACGAGACCCUCCACAACUUCCUCAGGGCCGCCCAGCAGGACCUCGCGGCCCUGUUGGAGCAGAGAGGCAUCAGUCUGGGGCCUCUGGUGACCGCGGUGGAAAAGUUUGAGAAGGCGGCUGCGGCUUUGAAUCAACGCAUAUCAGAGCUGCAGAAGAGCCAACCCAACCCUCUGCAGGUCCGGAUGCUCAAUGACCAGCUGAUGCUCUUGGAACGGGCCUUCCUGAACACGCGGGCCUUCCCGGAGGAGCUCUACUACAGCCAUGUGCUCUGGGCACCUCGGACCGGCCCCGUAGUCACAUUUCCAGGCCUGGCCAACGCCUGUGCCCGGGCCACCAGUGCAGGCUCCGGACCUGCUGAGUGGGCCGAGGUACACAGACAGCUCAGCAUCAUCGUGGUAGCCCUGGAGGGCGCGACAGCCACCCUGACCUCUGUGACAGACCUCUAACCCCAGCCCUCUCUUGGGCUCUCCACCACCACCCUUUUACGGAAGGCGGAGAGUAAGAGACAGCGUGGUGGAAACGGCGAAAACCCCAACUGCUCUUCUUUGGUGGUGGGUGGGUGAGGAUGGGAAUGUAUGA